AAAAAGUUUUCUGUUAGGCCAUGGUUGAUCGAGCGGGAGAACGAGGCUACUUUUAUAUCUAGACUCGAAUGGUCCAAAGUAUGAUCCGUACACCUGCAAACAUGAGGAGAUCUAGAUUGUUCGUUUUCAUAAGUUUGCAUACAUCGUUCGUUUUGGUACGUUUGCACUCGCAGAUCCAGGCAAAGAUUGCCUUCUUUUUCUGGUGGUCCACCACCAAUAGCCGUCUGGCUAGCUGACCCGCCCCUUCGGUAUAUUGCCAAAGGGGGUGGGGUUGCUGACCUGAGAGACGUUUAAGUGCAUUGCCACUCGGAAUUCCCGAGCUCCAGUGUUUAUAUGGUUUGUACCGGAACGGGAUUUCGCCUCUUACUCGUCUCCGUUAGGCAACCUCCACUCGGGUUCUUCUACCAUACAAGGUCUGGUGUGCUCGGGCUGCGUUCUCUUCCAAGAUCUUGUUGACCGCCUGUUGUUUGUCCUCUUCAGUGUCCAAUCCCUCUGUCGAAGUGCGGUGGACGACGAUCCCGAAGCGUGGUUUCACCACCUUUGCAACAAUUCCUAGUUCUUGGAUCCGUUCAAGGUUGGUUGAACAUUCAGCAUCGAGCUGUUGUGCUAAUUGGAUAUUUCGAAAAUCGGAUUUUCAGAGUUUUUCCUUGUAACGAGGUCCUCCUGGCUCUACUGUACUGAACUGACAUGGUGUGAUGCAAUCGUCUAGCAAGGAGUGCUCCCCCCGGUGGAGGGGAGCCAAGCUAGUCAGGCAUAAUCUUAUAUGUUGGUUGCAAAACGGCGGCAAUGCUGGGGUGCCCUUUUCCACAAGCCUGGGCAAAAGCUACGGGAGGUUCCACAAUACACGA